AUGUCCAGUGGAGCACUCGUAUUCGAUGUUAUAUUCUCAUGUUUGAUAACGCUUAUUUUUCUCUAUCGAUGUGGAAAUUAUCGUCGACAGCAUCCAUUAACAACAGCAGCUGUUUUUAUUUCAUGGUUUUUUUCUGUUCUGUUUAUUUUUCUUUUACCAUUGGAUAUUUCACUAGCUGCUUAUCGAGAAUGUACUAGAUAUAAAUCAUCAACAGAAUCAACGAUUAAUACUGAUAAUUUAAAUCAAAAUAAUUCAAUCACAGAUUCAUGUCCUCGUCCAUGGUCUUAUGUAGAUCCACAAUCUUACGGAGUUCUAUGGCGCAUUAUUUAUUGGACAUCCCAAUUGCUGACUUGGCUAGUUUUACCAUUUAUGCAAUCAAUCUGUCAAACAGGUGAAUUUUAUUUAAAAGGAAAAAUUCGAUAUGCAUUGAGAUCAAAUUUAUUUUAUUAUGGAACACUUUUACUGAUAUUUGGAGUUCUUGUUAUUUAUGUCGCAAUUAAUUAUAAUUUAAACGCAUCAAAUUUUAAGGUAACUGUUAUCGCAGCAAGUACAACUUGGGGUCUUUUUCUUCUUGUAUUAAUGCUUGGCUAUGGUCUUGUUCAAGUACCAUUAAAUGUCUAUAAUCAUUCUCGAACAUCUUAUAUGCUUUCUCAUAUUCAAUUCAAAUUAUCUCAACUUUAUAAUGAAAAAAUUGAUAUUGAAGAACGUUUAGAAUCUCUUGUUGAUGAAGUAUCAAAAUUGUGUCUUGAAAUAAAAUAUAAUGAUCCGCUACGACCUUGUUUGGAACAAAUUGUUAAAAUAAUUCCUGAACAAUAUGCAAAUCGGGUGAAAUUAACGAUGGACGAUUAUGAAGAUUAUAGAAUAACAUCGAAUAAUUUAACUGAUUUACCAACAGAAACAAGAUUAAUUAAAUUACAUAGACUGCUUAAAAAGAAUAAACAUAUUCAUCAUCGAGUACAAGCUUCGUGGAUUCAUAUGAUUCAUGAAGCUUUUUAUUUAGAAGAUAUUCUAAAUAAUGAAAACAAUACGAAUCAUUCAUUCGUAAAGCAAAGUCCACUUCCAAGAUCAUGGUUAAGACAAAAAAUGUUUGAUGAACAUCCGAUAUUAGAGUGGUAUACGUUUUGUCUUAUACGCCCAUUGGCUCUUCGUAUGGUUGGCAUAGUUUUAGGUGGUAUAUCAAUAGUAGUUAUUUGGUCUGAAAUGACGUUUUUCAGUGCAAAACCAGUAUUAUCCAUAUUUGCUCAGUGUGUUAAUGCAGCUCGGCGUCAUUAUGAUUAUUUCACAAUCGAAGUAUUUUGCUGUUUAAGCAUUGCUUACUUAUGUUUAUGUGCAUACUAUACAAUAUUCCGUAUUCGUAUAUUCAAUUACUUUUAUUUAUCACUUUAUCAUUUAACUGAUGAAAACAGCUUGAUUUUUGCUGCAACAUUUUUAUGUCGUUUAACAGCUCCACUUAGUUACAAUUUUCUUGGGAUGAUACAUAUGGAUCAAGCAAUUACAAAACAAACUGAUCGAGAAGAAACUGUUUUUACAACGAUCAUGGGUAGAAUGAAUGUUAUUCCAAUAAUUUCAAAAGGUUUUAAUUUUUAUUUUCCUAUGUUAAUAUGUAUAUUAUGUGUUGGAACAUAUUUUCGACUUGGUUCUCGAUGUUUACAUAUAUUUGGUGUUCGACAGUUUUUUGAUGAUGAUGAGAUAUCGGCUGAAUAUAUUGAAGAUGGAAAAAAUUUAAUGAAAAGAGAACGAAGAAACUACGGUGGUAAUGAAACCCUGUCAACAAUGGCAAAUACAACAACAGCUACUCAACGACAUGAUCGGAGAAAAGAAUUAGAAGAAAAAUAUGGGCUUCGAUCAACAACGCCAGAUUUCACAACAUCGACAUCACGAGAUGAUCGCUUAUUAGAUUUGAGAUCAGAAACUCGCCAAUUAAGACCACUCACAAGUUCGGAUGAACCAUUGAUAACUGUCAAUAAUAAUCAAACAGUUUCUUCGAAUACAACAGUACUGCAAGGAUCUUCUCGCCGAAUAGCUCCGCCUACAGACAUAUUUAAUGACGUUUAA